AAGAAUUACACAGAGUUAGUCAUGUGUACCUGGUUAAGUCCAAACGUAGGAUGAGCGUACCUAGAUAACGAAUACUACAACAUGGAGAUAGAAUCUGAGAGAAGUAUCUCAAGGGCUUCUGUUUCUACUAAAAUGUCGACACAGCACCUAAGCGUGGUUGAGGUACUUGUGAAUGGGACCACAUCCAUGGGUUCUCCAGAAAAUGAGCAAGGGGGAAUUAAUGGUUUCGAAGACAGAGCAUCUCCGCUGAAAAAAAGCAAAAGGCAAAGAAUCUGGAGCAGUUUCAAGAAACUGCGCCCUGGAUACAAAGACAAAGACAAAACAAAGCCUAAAAAACUAGGCAAGCAGUUUUCCCAGAGCCAGCCUAACGUCUCGGACCAUGACUUGAAACGACAUUUACACAGUAACAGUAGGACAGAUCUCGGGAAACCAGCUCUUGAAAGUACUGUGCCAGUAAGAACUGCUGAGUCUAUUGAUCCCUCUGAGAUUUAUACUGGGAACAAUUUAAGCCGUGAUAAACCUGCCGGAGGUGCUGAUGCGAUGAUAAAAGGAAGGUUCGCAAGUGACACUGCCUUGAAUAACUUGAAUGCAGACAUCAAUGUAAAGGAAAUGGAGGAGCAAGACAGUGGAAUUACCAUUGUAGAUAGUCAGCAAUGGUAUGCACGAGUUUCCAAAUUUUUGGAUGGCCUUGAGCACCAAAAACAUAUCACGGCACUGAGAUCACAUCCCUUCUACCAACUCAAUGUGAUACUAUAUGAGGGGAGAGACCUUGUGAUACGGGAUAGCAGUGGCACCAGUGACCCCUAUGUAAAGUUCAAGGUUGCAGGCAAGCAGUUAUACAGAAGCCGAACCAAGUACAAGAACUUGAAUCCUCGCUGGGAUGAAAAGUUCUCCAUUCCCAUUGAAGAUGUUUUCAAACCUGUGGUGGUCAAGGUAUUUGACUAUGACCGAGGUCUCUCUGAUGACCAGAUGGGCAGUGGGGAGAUUGACCUCAAGCAACUGGACCUCAAUGUUCCUGUGGAUAUGACAUUGAAGUUAAGUAGUCCUGGACAGGAAGAGUAUAUGGGAUACCUAAAAAUGCAGCUGACACUGGUGCCUAAGACUCAAGAAGAGAAAGAACAGGACUCGAGUUCUGAUUCUGAUACUGACAAUGUGUUAUCUCAUUUCUUCCACAAGGGCCAGCAGCAGCAGAGCUCGUAUGGGGAAACAGCCAAGAAGCUGAAGUCUCAGAUAUGGAACAGUGUGGUCACCAUUGUGCUAAUAGAGGGGAAACAGUUGCUCCCUAUGGAUGACAAUGGCCUCAGUGACCCCUAUGUCAAGUUCAGACUGGGCAAUGAAAAGUGUAGAAGCAAGGUAAAGUCAAAGACACUGGAACCAAGGUGGCUGGAAGAAUUCCAACUGCAUAUGUUUGAUGACUACAGCAAACAACUGGAAAUAACAGUGUGGGACAAAGAUGUCACUGGAGAUGACUUUAUGGGCAGAGCCGUGAUUGAUUUGAAUACCUUGGAAAGUGAGAGAACCCACAAAGUGGUGCAACCUCUGGAGGAUGGUGCAGGCGUGAUCACUCUCCUGAUCACGGUGACUGGCAGUGCAGGCAGGGAGACCAUCUCAGAUCUUAGCAACUACACACCCAUUCCAUACGAGAGAGAUGCAAUUGUACAGAAAUAUGGAUUGAUUAAGUCCUUCAGAAAUAUGCCAGAUAUAGGUUGGCUUCAAGUGAAAGUAAUCAAAGCAGAGGGUUUGGCAUCAGCUGACUUUGGUGGCAAGAGUGAUCCAUAUUGUGUCUUAGAGCUUGUCAAUGAUUACCUGCAGACACAGACAGAAUAUAAAACUCUGAAUCCAGAAUGGAAUAAAGUAUUUACAUUCAAUGUGAAGGACAUCCACUCUGUGCUGGAAGUGACAGUGUAUGAUGAAGACAGGGACAUGAAGAAGGAAUUUCUUGGAAAAGUUGCCAUUCCUCUGUUGAAAAUAUGCAAAGGUGAAAGAAAAAUUUUUGCCUUAAAAGACAGAAAGUUACAAAAAAGAACCAAAGGGACCAUCCACCUGGAGCUUGAUAUUGUUUACAAUCAUUUUAAGGCUGCAAUCCGUACUGUUAACCCAAGAGAAGAAAAAUAUAUGCAACCAGAACCAAAGAUGAAAAUUUCUCUGCUGAAGCGGAAUGUAGCUCGCAUGGCAUCAAUAGUAACAGCAGUGCGUGACACAGCCCAGUUUGUCCAGAGUUGCUUCACUUGGGAGUCCAAAAUGAGAAGUGCACUUGCUUUCCUGAGCUUCCUGGUGAUUGUGUGGAAUUUUGAGCUUUACAUGCUUCCCCUAACUUUGCUACUGAUUCUGUUGUGGAACUACUUCAUGCAUCAGGUGGCAAUAAGCUUGAGUAAGGACACCGAGUACACACAGACUACUACGGCUGUUGUAGAAGAGGAGGAUGAAGAUGAAGAAAAAGAUAAAGAAGAGAAUCGUAGUCUCAGGGAAAAGUUGGAUGUAAUCCAGGGCUACUGUCUAACAGUACAGAACAUACUGGAUCACCUGGCCUCACUUGGAGAGAGGGUUAAAAACACAUUUAACUGGUCUGUGCCAUGGUUGACCACCUUUGCUGUGAUAGUGCUGUUUAUAGCAACCAUCAUUCUUUACUACAUUCCACUGAGGCUGAUUAUUCUGGCCUGGGGUAUUAACAAGUUCACAAAGAAGUUACGGAAACCAAAUGCCAUUCCAAAUAAUGAACUAUUAGAUUUUCUGUCCAGAGUUCCCAAUGACAUAGAAUUGAUGGAGUUUAGAGAAUUUCCCUUGGAGAACUCCGAAAGUCCUCAACACACGAGUGGCAGAAAGAAGAGGGAAUGAAAGGCUCAGAAGGAUACUUUUUCUUCCGAAAAAAUGGUCCUUGGCUUCAUAUUUUUUGGUGUCUUCUGCUUCAUUACACAAAUUUAAUUGACAUUGAGCUAACUUAAUUGUCACAUUGCACUUGUUUGUGCUAAUUUGGUGGAUUUUGAAACUUAUAGAAAUCAUAUGACAAUGGACUUACUCCAUUGGUAUCUAGUGUAUUUUCUAUGCAAUUAAUAAUUCCUUGUGUAUUAUGAUCUUUUGUGAUAUAUUUAUAGAUAUGGUGUUGAAAUUUUAUUAAUUCAUUUUUUUAGAAUAAUCAGUUGAGCACUGGUCAAAGCAGGCUUUGGAGUGUGAUUUUUCUGACCUCUGGGUUAGAGGUGCAUUUGAGUAUAGAAAACCUUGUUGUCUUCAAACAAGGUAAAACUGCAAUGGAACUGAUAUUAUUUAUUUGUUUCAAAUUACAUUUUUUACAUACAACUACAAUUUUUCUUGCGUGCACAAGUCAUUUAUAACUUAUGAGGCAUAUAUCUGAAGGUUUUGGUAAGAGGUUUUUUUUACAGAUUAAUACAGGGUUUGGUACAGAUCUGAAAUAUUAAAAAGAUACAUGAUAUGUGAUAAGGGAUCCUCAAGCAUAAAUUCAACCACAUGCUGUUAAACAAAUUGUUGGCACUAUGCAUGCACAAAGCUAUUUUGUUUUUCCAUCUUUAAAAGGCAUUGAGGGGGGAGAUUGGCAUGGAAUUCUUUAAUUUUUCAUUCUGUUCCCUAGUAUUUUAUGUAAACUUCACAUUACUUUCAUUCAAAAUACUUCAUUCAGAAUGUACACUGAGCAAAAAUAUAAAUGCCCUAUGUGAAUAAUUUAUGUGAUAUGUUAUGGGUCACUCCAAAUGAGCUGAUGUCUUAUAAUUGUACAGUAAUCUGCAGAACAUUGAACAACAAAAUUCACUUAAUAUGAUUAAUGUAUACAUUUCAAGAUGCUGAUAAAAAAUUAAAAAUAUUGGGUGGGGCAUUUAUAUUUUUACUCAAUGUAGUUUAUAGAUAUGUUCUUAUAAUCCCAGUUCUGUCUCCCAAAUGUUAUAAAGCAACAGGGUUUUAACUUAUUUCAAAUCCAAAAAUUACUUUGCAGAAGAUGACUUUUUUUUUCAAUGGCAUAUAGAGAUUGUAUUUAAAUAUUAAGGUAAAUAUUUUUAUUUACGUUUAUUUAUUUACGUUUAUUUAUUUAUAUUUUUGUUUACUGCUUGUGGGUAUUAGAUGGUAUACUCUGUCAGAACUGAUUUGAAAUUAAUGGUCAGUGUUCAUCAUAGAUUAUGUUACAAUUUUUUAAAAAACUUUCAUUGCAAUCAAUCAUGUUAGUAAAAAUGAAGAGAUUGGAAAUAUGUUUAAUAGCAAUUAGGUUGGUGGUAGCAUUCAUUUUACUUGAAAAGGGCAUUUUAAAGGAUUUUCAGAUUUCAUAAUGUAAGUGAUGCUUAUGUGUGUAUUUUUUAUCUUUGAAAAAUCUCACAGUUUGUUGUAUUAUUCAUUAGAGGUAAGAAAAAUAAGGUACUGUGUGCCUUUCAGUUUUCUUUCUCAGUAUUUCAGAUCUGAU